GGGCCACGAAUAUUGAUCAUGAGGCUCAAUAAUCCCUUUACGUAUGGCUGAAAACGCAUUACGAACGAACGCCCUUCAACUGUCCAAAUCCGAAGUCACCCAAAUUCCGGUUAGGCUUCUUCUCCGAGAUCGACGACCACGAUGAACAAGCGCUGCCAAAGCCUUGCUCGAAUCCUCAAAUCCGUCAGUAGAUCAUUCUCUUCUUCAUCUUCUUCCACCUCCGCCUCUGCUACAUCCUCCCAAUUCCCCCGCACGUUGGCCGGUCUCCGGGAACGACUCGCCGCGGAGUCCCCAAUACUUUCUGAUUUCGUUGAUCUGCAAUCUUCUGAUUCGUAUUCUGUGGAGGUUGGUACGAAGAAGAAGCCCCUUCCUAAACCUAAAUGGAUGAGGGAAUCGGUGCCUGGAGGCGAGAAGUAUGUUCAGAUAAAGAAGAAGCUCCGGGAAUUGAAGCUUCACACGGUUUGUGAGGAGGCUAAAUGCCCUAAUUUAGGGGAAUGCUGGUCUGGUGGAGAAACCGGCACUGCCACUGCUACAAUUAUGAUUCUUGGUGACACUUGUACUCGUGGUUGCAGGUUCUGUAACGUGAAGACAUCACGAACUCCACCUCCACCGGAUCCAAAUGAGCCCACAAAUGUUGCUGAAGCAAUUGCAUCAUGGGGUUUGGAUUAUGUGGUCAUUACCAGCGUUGAUCGCGACGAUUUACCUGAUCAAGGGAGUGGUCAUUUUGCAGAGACUGUGCAGAAACUUAAGGUGUUGAAGCCAAAUAUGCUCAUUGAGGCCUUGGUUCCUGAUUUUCGAGGAGACUCUGGCUGUGUGGAGAAAGUUGCAAGGUCGGGCCUUGACGUCUUUGCUCACAAUAUAGAGACAGUUGAAGAGCUUCAAGGAGUAGUUAGGGAUCACCGUGCUAAUUUCAAGCAAUCAUUAGAUGUUCUAGUUAUGGCCAAAGAGUUUUCUCUAUCUGGAACUCUUACAAAGACUUCCAUUAUGUUAGGCUGUGGGGAAACACCAGAUCAAGUUGUUCAAACAAUGGAGAAGGUGAGAGCAGCUGGAGUUGAUGUGAUGACAUUUGGGCAGUAUAUGAGACCUUCAAAACGCCACAUGCCUGUAUCAGAAUACAUUACUCCUGAGGCUUUUGAGAAGUAUCAAAAUAUUGGCAUGAAAAUGGGUUUUCGAUAUGUGGCUUCUGGCCCAAUGGUUAGGUCUUCAUACAAGGCAGGAGAAUUCUAUAUCAAGUCAAUGAUUGAAUCAGAUCGGGCAGCUUCUAAUUCACAGCCUACCCAACUUUGAUUAUUGUUACCAUUUCUAUUGGUCAUCUGUCCCUAACAAUCCCUACAAAAUUUAACAAUGUUGCAUGUAAGUUGGCAUAUAAGCAAAUUGGACUUUUGAUUUGAUGGAUUUGUCCAGUCGUUUUGUCAAAUUUUUGUGCUCCUGAUCCGCUGCAGAUGUAUUGUCACUGUAGCCAUAAAUUUUUGUUCUACUCCUAUAUAAUAUCUCCCCUUCAUCCUGUUCUUUCUGAUCAGCAUAGGGGUAUUACUAUUCUUGUAAUAUCGGGAUUGGAAUUUUAUUUAUUUGCUAUUUGUAUAGGUUUACGUUUAUACCAUUUUGGUUCAUACAAAAACUCAAUUAUUGGAUUUCAAUGCAAAAGCAGGUUCAACUGUGAACGAGUUGACUUAAAGGAUCUGGUAAUUUUCUUCUCAAGUCCUCAUUCUAUACGGAUUGAAAAGAUGUUAAGGUCAUGAAAAGAUGUAAUGUUCUCUUAUAGUGGUAAAAUAUUUAUUUUUAUAGAAGAACGUUAAAAGGAACGUCAAGUGAACAUUAACAUCUUUUUACGAUUCCUCUGUCUUAAGCCAAUCCCAUGCCUCGUAUUAAACACGCCAUUGACAGUCAGUUUCUUCUCUAUUGGUACUGGGCGUCGAGCCAUUUCACUGCCAACUCUGCCAGUGUCUCGCCCAGAGCCUUGGACAGGGGUCAACCUCAUACCCUGGACAAGAACCAUCGUUCUGCAAAGCCUUCGUCACCGGGAUGGUUCGACACUGAUGUCGAAAACGUUCCAGAUAACAGAACCCCGGAAGAAGAAACCGUCAAAGAAGUCCUCUCAGAGACUCCCAUUGCUAAGCCAUGUAGUGUUCUGCAAACAUCCCAUAAGAAGCCACCGGAGCAGAGAGUAAAAGCAAGCGAAAUGGAUGGUUCGCUUGGCAAGGGAGAGGAAAGUAUUGUUUCAGUUUCGGAGACGUCUCAGGUUACAGAGUGGUGCAGCAAUAUGAGUGAAAGCGUGUCGAUGGCGACCACCAUUUCGGAGCAAAGGGAAGGGGAUGAAGCAUCAAGUAAGAGCAGAGAUAUUGGUCGAAAUAUAAAACCAAAGAUUCGCAGAAAACGGCCAUGCUCCGGCAACCUAUCAUAUCGAAGAGAACAGAGAGACAAAUGUACAACAAAGAGACCUGCUGAACUUUUACCAGAGAAGAAGUCCCGUGUGAAUUGCAGGUACUCACAUGGGACGACAGAAUCAAGAGAGGCAAGGACCAGGAAGCUGAAUGGAGGGCAGCACGAGCAACAAUCUGGAGUCAGCCAUGGCCGCCGUUCGAGGUCACCAGCUACUCGAACAGUUAAAGAAACGAAUAAGACAGGGAAUAUGAAAAGCAGUGUCAUGAAAAUGACCGGACAACCUGGGGACCAACAAGAGACAGUGACCACCGAGCAUAGAGACGAAGGAAAGUUGGAGAAGCCAAUGGAUGGUUCAAUUCAGCCCCCAAAUGAAUCCAUUGAAAACCCACUUGUCUCACUUGAAUGUUUCAUCUUUCUGUAGAUUCUAAUGCAGAUUAGUGUAUUUGGUUGGUGUUGAUUUAUUAUCAAUUUUCCUGAAAUAUGUUGUACACAAGACUCUGUUAGUUUCUGUAGUUCUUUUGAUUGUUUGACUUUUACUUGCUUUGCUUCGUUUUUGUAAAUGGGAAGUGGUAACAUGGUUUGCUUUGACUCCA